CCAUGUGAAUAUAUACUUCUUAUAGUCAACCUCAUAACCACUCCAGUAAAACAGUCUCUCAUCUCUUCUUUGUCCGGUCUUUUCGGGUUAGGUCUUUCUAUGCGGCUCGCCACUCUUUGACCAUCGCAGAACAGAGACCGAGAUAGAGAUCUCGAGAUUCUUUAUAUCAGCACAUUUCUCUGUUUCUUGUUACUACUCACAUCAAACAUGAGCGAAACGAAAGAUUCAGAAAGCAACAGCGAGACCGACAGGAAAAUGGAGGCCGCCAGCACUGCAUCUACCUCACCAACCACCACCGGCACCAAACGAUCCGCCAGCGAAGUCGAUUCCAGCAAACCCGCGCCUUCAGAAACGCAACCGCGAAAGAAAAAGAUAACCAGCAAGAUCUCUGGUUUUUCACUAGGACUCGUGGCUGCUGAACCUGAGAAACCAACGACGACGGGGAUUCCACCGUUGCCUGCGCAGCCUACGGGGGUCUAUAAGCCUCUUUUGCUAAGCAGUCUGCCGCCACUACCGACCAUCGACUAUAAAGACAGUCAACCCACCGCUCCCGCCAAAGCAUCUCCACCACCGCAACAAGACACCACCGACACCACCCCCAAAACCACCGCUCCACAAGGCAUCGACAGCCUCGUGAAAGAAGCAGGCAUGACCGAACAAGGCCUGCAAAUCCUCCAAGGCCGCCACCGGAACCGUAACGCGCCAAUCAAAAUCGUGGAUUACAACGUCGACGAGCAAUACAGCUACAACCAGAACCUGCGCGACUCCGGCGCGCUGCAGACCGUGCAGCCGGUCAAGGGCAUCAGCUCGGGCAAGCAUCAGCUGCGGACGCUGAUUUCGUCGGCGAAUUUGCAAAAGGAGAGUUUGGAGGAGGCGUUUGCGUCAGGCAGGAGGAAUAAGAAGGAGUCUGGCGCAAAGUACGGGUUUUGAUCAUUCGUGUAUCUUCUUACAUUCUUACUCGUAUAAACGGCAUGGGUAUCAUAAAGCAGAACGCAAGCGCAGGUAAAUAGUCUACAGAACAGAAAUCUUUGAUAAUGCAAACCCGUCAGCACAGUAAUCAGACCCACAGUAUCAAGACAGCAUUAAAGAAGAAAGAAAUAAACUGGCAAAUAUAUUCUGUUGAAUCCCAAAGCAAACAUAAGAC